AUGUCAGACACUUGUAUUGUCUGCCUAGGAGACUUGAGCAGCGGCGAUGGCCACGAAGUUACAGCUCUUCUUGCCAGCCCUGCCAAGUCUCCACCCACCGACGAUGCUGCCGCCGCCGCCUCGAGGAUCACCAAACCCGAACAUGAGCCAAGCGUCACCACAUCGACCGACAAAGACUCGACCGAGUUAAUCGCCCAUUUAAGACCGUGUGGGCAUUUUCUGCACAAUGAAUGUCUUACUCCAUGGGUGGAACGAGCUAACAGUUGUCCGAUCUGUCGUGCCAGUUUCCACCUCGUGGAACUGAUGCGUACAAUCAAUGGCGAUGUUAUUUCCUCAUACUCUGUCGAGGACCGAACGCAGGUCGCUGACUUGGACCCUUCUAUGUUUCUCGAGAUCCCGGACGAAGAGGACGAGGACCAACCCUGUCAGGCUUGCGGGGAAGAUGAUAAUGAAGACGUCCUGAUGUACUGCGACGGCUGUCAGAAACUGUGGCAUACUUAUUGCGUCGAUUUACAGGAGGUACCCUACGGACACUGGUUUUGUGACAACUGCAGAGCACAACGAGAUCUUGACCCCCGUGUGAUUGCCCGAUCGGGGAGACCGAAUCGAAGGCGCACGCGAGGCCAACAGCGUAGGCAACGAGGUCAAGAAUCAAGCUGGAACCAAGUUUGGCAGUCUGUUUGGUCCCGCAUCAAUCUUGACCUUGACUUUCCCUACGAGGAUGACGAAUCAUCAGCCAGAUAUCUGAGGCGGCACCGUCAACGCAACCAGGCUGAUAGGCAGGCCCAUGAUGCCUGGUUACGCCGGAUGCAAGUUGCAGAACUUCAUGGCGCUGGCAACCGCUUUAGGGAGACGGAACCAGCCCUUCCCAGCAGCCCUGCAGGUGGCUCAACGCCGAGCAACCGAAGGGCAAGAGCAUCUCCCCUUCCACAAGCCGAGACUGCUGAUGAACUCCUGGCUUGGCAUGCUUUCGAUCAAGCUCGAGCUUCGUCAAAUGAGCCCAGCUCAACGCGCAAACGAAAGCGCAAAUCCCCUACAUCAUCACCAGCGGAGCCCGCGAAUGAAACAUCAUCGGCGAACAAACGUCGCCGACCCAGUGCAUCUGACCGCACGGUUUCUGACGGGAAUACUGCCACCGUCACCAACAUCCGGCGACGUCAACCUUUACGUAUCGCCAGCCCCAUUCCAAGGCGACAACCUAAUGUAGAACCAGCGGGGCCGAGCUUUUUACAAUCCCUUCUACAAGAAGUUGAGGAUGCUGGUUCCGGUACACACGUCAUCAACCUUCAUCGCCCUUCUCCUCGCCCUGCAGCGAGCCCACCUGCCGACCAAAAUUCUCCACGACCCUCCUCGCCUGCUUUGUCGCCUCUCCCCUCGAAUCAUUCUUCCCCUCGGGCAAUGUCAGCUACUCCGCCUCCGCCUCUGACACUCAGACCCGGCUCUCCUGCUGGCUUGUCCUCGAGCAUCCAGCCUGUCUUUCCCUCCACUGAGUACUCUCCACAACGGUCCACCUCGCCGGAGCCGAAACAAGCAGAGAUCAAUGGUCCCCGGUUUAAUGGGCCGAGGGUCCCUCCGCCUCCUUCGACAUCUACACUUUUGGUGCAGCCAAGACCUCGAAGUCGAGCACCGCGCAUUCUUGAAACCGGGCAGGAUUCUAUUGUGACAUCCCGCUCAACGGAAGCCUCGCCUAACCGGGCCGCAAUGUCUCUAAAUGCGAAAGCCGAUGUGCAAAGGCUCGUUGCAAGCGCACUCAAGCCUCAUUAUAAUGACCAGACCAUCACGAAAGACGAAUACACGAAGAUCAACCGCGAUAUUUCCCGGAUGCUGUACGAUAAAAUUGGUGAUUUUGAGACCCUCGGGGUAGACGAUAAGGCAAAGUGGGAGAAGAUCGCUGGAGAUGAGGUCAAUAAGGCUGUCAGGGCGCUCAAAGCUCAGGGUUGA